CUACAACAUUUCACCUAAUCAGACGGUGGAACAAUGGCUGCUGCUGGUUCUGGGUCUAGAUGGAAUGGUCUUGCUACAACGAUAAGCCCCUAUCUACGCCAAUCGGAUCAGACUGUUAAAACUGGGGUUGUUCAAUCUGGGCAAGUUCUUGGCAAUGGUCAAAAUAUUGUACGUACUGCACUGGUGGACCAGAAAGUCAACACUGUUGAUCCGUCGUUUUACGAUUGCUUCUAUGGUAUCGCAAACACACAAUCAACAGUUGUGGAACGGUGCUACAAAGACAUCGGCUGCUGUCAGUACGGAUGCUGCAACAAUGACGAUUGGCACACCAAGUAUGGUUGGGCUGUUGCACUCAUCGUCAUAUUUUGCAUCCUGGUCGUGAUAGCAUUUGUUGCUUGGUUGAUCGUUUGGUUGAUCAACAGAGCGAAAGACAAAAGGGAGAAGAGAGAUUACGAUCAGACAUCUUUCGCAUCUCCAUCACCAACGACGAUGAACGAAGUUCCGCCGUUAGAGCAGUACAGUUUCGAACCACCGUAUGCCAGGGACUAUCGUUAUUGAUACUUCCAUUAUGUUAGCCUUGAUCGCUCACCUCCUAUAUCUGUAUAAAUAAAGC